AUGGGGAUUGGGCAUUACAGGGUUGACAUGCUUGAGAAGUGUGUGGACAUGAGCAUAAUGCUUCCAGACAUCACUGGUUGUGGAGAAACUCGCCAAGACCGCAGUUUAGCCUUUUCGUUAACAGAUCAAGGUGCCAUGGCGAUCUUGUACUUUGAUGGCGCAUGCUCGGGCAACGGUACCGGAAACACGGUGGCUGGCUAUGGUUUCGUGCUGGUGAGUAAAAAAGGUAACGUGAUCUUCGAGGGCUCCGACUUCUUUGCAUUCGGCACCACAAGCAACCAAGCCGAGUACAGAGGCCUGAUUGCGGGUUUGCAAAAGGCACAGGACCUGGGUAUUCGCAACAUCCACAUUCGAGGGGAUUCAGAGCUCGUUGUGAAUCAGGUGUUGCAACGUUGGAGGACCAGAAACCCAUUACUCCAGACGUGCUUAAACUACGUUCACCAGCUUUUGGAAGGAACAAGAUGGGAAAUUGAACAUGUUCCUCGUGAAAGUAAUCGACACGCAGAUUCGCUUGCACGCCAGGGCCUGUGCAAGACCCAGGAAGAUUACUCGUAUGGAAGAGAAGAAAUCGUACUGAAUUGCCAGGAAGAGGACAGUGCCUGGCUGUACGUGUUGAGCCAACGUGUGCACGGAUACUGGAGAAUACGCUACAUUCUGGAUGUUCUUCAAGAGGAGGUCCCACACGUUUUCAAUCAAGUUCUGGAUCGAGCCGAUGAACUACAGAACGAGGAGGAUCCUGAAUGUUGUACAACAUGUCUUCUGGUUAUGUCCUAAAGCACAUAAAGCUUGGUCGCUUUGCUGUAGUUUCUGGUACAAGGUUGAUCAUCAAAGUUCAAUUGACAACGAAGGGCCUGCAAGACAUUGCGCAAGGAACUCAGUUAUGUAAGAUUCCUAUAUAAGCACGCCCGAAUAUGAUCAUCCAAAACUUAACAAUAAAGGAAACAUCGCUUCAGACUGCGAGAGUUUUCUUCUUUUCUUCAGUGGAUUUCGGGGAAUUUGUCGCAAUCGUGGGCGUGCUUGCUGGAGCUCCACCUCCCGACGUCGCCGUCCCAAAGGGUGUGCUAAUCGGCGGCGCCGUAAAGGAAGUGCUUGCUCCUCCGCCCAAAAUCGGCGCCGCCGUGGCUCCUCCGCCAAAAAUGGACGACGGCGCUCCUCCUCUGCCAAAAAUUGUCCGCAUGGGGUGCUUGCUUGCACCGCUGGAGCUCCGGAAGUAUUCGGUGUGAAGAGCAAGGGCGGGAAGGCUGACGACGUUUUCUUGCUCUUGAGAUGCGCCGCCACCUUUUCGAGCACCGGAUUGGAGCCACUGUUCGUCCCCAGCACCAGUGUCAGGAGCUCGCCGACGUUGCUCUCCUUCUCCCGAUCCAUCAUCAGCCCCUUAAUCUCGCCCAAGAGCCUGUGAUCCUCCACGCCCAAGUGGAGCUUCAGAGUCCUCUUGAGCAUCUGGAAGCCGCUCGCGUCCAUGGCCGCGUAGAAAUCGA